GGUGUGGAGCGUAAACAGUUAGCCGGUACAAUCCAGAAUGAUAUCCUGAAAGAAUUCAUGGUACGAAAUACUUACAUUUAUCCGCCAGCUCCAUCGAUGCGUAUUAUCGGGGACAUUUUUGCAUACACCGCUCGUGAAAUGCCGAAAUUCAAUUCAAUUUCAAUUAGCGGUUAUCAUAUGCAGGAAGCCGGCGCAAAUGCAGUGCUGGAGAUGGCAUUCACAAUUGCAGACGGUAUUCAAUACUGCCAGACAGGGCUGGAUGCAGGCCUAAAUAUCGAUGCAUUCGCACCACGUUUGUCCUUCUUCUGGGGUAUCUCUAUGAAUUUCUACAUGGAUCCGUACAACAAUAUUAUAAGGACGACAAUCGAAGCGAUGGCAUCAGUAUUCGGUGGUACACAGUCGCUGCAUACAAACUCAUUUGACGAAGCCCUUGGCUUGCCUACGCCGUUCUCAGCGCGUAUUGCCCGUAAUACGCAAAUCAUCAUCCAGGAGGAAUCCGGUAUUUGCAGGGUGGUGGCAGAGGUGGACGAACUUGGCGGUAUGGCGAAAGCUGUGGCAAGUGGAAUGCCCAAGCUGAAAAUCGAAGAAUCGGCUGCCAAGAAACAAGCUCGUAUCGAUGCAGGCAAAGAAGUGAUCGUUGGCGUCAAUAAAUAUCGCUUGGAAAAGGUUAUUCACAUUGAAAAGUAA